AUGCAUGGGGAAUCAGUCUCCCCCCACCCCUGCCCCAGGGCCUCACGCUGUCCCCUCUGGCCCCAGCUGCUGCUCAUCGCCUGCCCAAUAAGCCCCGCCCGGCUACACCUGGAGAUGAGCAGUGUUUAUAGGCAACUCCUGUGGGGACCGGGUGGGGCCUGGGAAGGACUCUCCGUGGAAACCUGGCAACCAGGGGCCUUCCUGUGUCUGCAGCGUCUAGCAACCAUCGAGGCCACAUGGUCCUCCAGGGGGACGUGGCCACGCUCCCACACGCUCUCCUCUGGCAGCAGCGGCCAGUCUCCUGGAGAUGACCUGAGACCAGGGAGGGACGGUCCUAGGAUGCUGGACUCCUCAGUGGCAGAUGCAAUGACCCGACUCACCCUGAAGCUCUUGGAGAAGAAACUGGAGCAAGAGCGUGAGACUGUGGAAGGGGAUUCUGAGGACUCCCUGCUCCUAGCGGGAAAUGAGGACAGGCCGGACGCAGCCCUGCUGGAUGCUCUGAGGAGGAGGCGAGCGCUUCUGUGGAGACUCUGGGAACAGCGUCUCCUAGAGGAGGCCUCCCAGGCCCAGGCCCGGAGCGGGAUGAACAGAGGAGGAGCCCGUGGGUCUGCACUGCCCCCAGAGGUGCCCCCCGUGGGCAUCUACUCCCUGCCCCCGCCAGCCCUGGAGCCCCCGCAGAUUAUCCAAUGCUCAGGCCCUCAGCCUCCUGCCACUAUCAUUCAACAGCUACCCCAGCAGCCCCUCAUCGCACAGAUCCCCCCUCUCCAGGCCUUCCCCACUCAAAGAUCAGGAAGUAUUAAGGAAGACAUGGUGGAGAUGAUGCUGAUGCAGAACGCCCAGAUGCACCAGGUCCUCAUGCAGAACCUGAUGCUCCAAGCCCUGCCCUCAGCGUUUCUGCCCUCGCAGGGGCCACUGGCAGCGCCCCAGCAUCCCACCCCCCAGAGGCAGAAGCCGCCCUCCGUGCACCACCACCACCACUACGCGCCCCCAGCCCCCCUGCAGGCCAUCCCAGCACCUGGCUCCCUGGCCGGGUACUCCACGUGGCCCACGGUAGUCUCAGCCACCACCCUCCCACCUGCCUCCAGCUUCCUGCCAGCCCUCCACCACUUGGCCGGGCCCACCUCAGCAGCCCUUAGCCCCUUCCCCAGGGUGGCAUCUGAUGGCGGCCAGCCCGCGCCAGCUCCGGGCGUGUGAGCCCCCACACGUGGACUCUGGUGAGCCUCGGGGCCUGGUUCCCUACUGGGUGCGGUCGGGGAGGCCCGGCAGAAGGCUGCAGCCUGGUCCCCGGGGGCAGGGCGGAGAGUCCGGUGGGAGUACAGGGUUCCGUCAGGAGAGACGGCCCAGGAGCGCGGAGAAAAGGCGGAUGGAGUUAGCUGCUUACAUGUUUAAGCCUUCCCGUGGGAGAAACCCCAUAAACAGGGUCAAAUAUGACACUAACUGGGCCCUCUGUCUGCCCCCUGGGGGGGGGCAGGGGGGAGGGCUCCUGCUGAGGGGAUGGCACAAGGCCACCUGCCCGGGUCUCGCCGGAGACGUGUCUUCACUGUGUGUCCUUGCUGGCCAGCACCGCCCGGUCUUCUGGAAGGGAGAGGCUCUGGGCUGAACGUGGUUCCUUCAGUGGGGCCUGAGGAAAGGGGGCUUUCUCUGCCUGGUUGCUCCUCUGGUUGUCGGGGCUUCUGAAUGUCACCGUUACUCUUUCUUCACUUUUCCUGACCUUUGUUUUCUGGGUGGAAUCGUGUUCCCUUGUUGUUUUAGUUAUUUAUUUUUAAAGAUGUAUUUAUUGA